UGCAAGCUGCAAAGUCUGUGUGGGUUUGACAAAAGUUCCAUCGAAAAUAAACAAAAUAAUUAUAAAAGAUUUAAUCAAACUUAUUACUCUGAAAUAAAAAUUUCGGUUCUUAGUGAAUUAGCAAAUCCGUAUUAUGCAGUUCCAAUCGCAUUAUUAAUUAAAUAUACCAGUAAACCAUCACAAGAUAAAAAUGCCAGAGGAAUAUAAUCGAGCUAUCCUGAAGAUGGUGAUUGCACAAAUAUGCCAGAUGAUCGGAUGGCAUUCUAUCAAUUCAACUCCCUUGGAAUUUCUUGUUGAUUUGAUGCAAGAGUAUUUAUUACGAAUAUCAAAACUAACCAAGCAAUAUGCAGAAGUUCUUGGAAGAACGGAAGGCAAUCUCGAUGAUUUAGGUCUGGCAUUCCAACACAUGCACGUGCUCAUCCCUGAGCUUUCUGAAUAUGUUAGAAAUGUUGAUUCCCUUCCGUGCAUUGUCUCGGUACCAAAAUUUCCAGUCCACCGGGAAAAUCAUUUGAAUUUUUUAAAACCUGGCAGUCAAGAAGUUGUUACUAGAUCUGUACACGUUCACGAACACUUACCAGCAAUGUAUCCUGAUACCGAAGAGCCUGCUCCAGUCGAACAGAUCGAAGCUCCACGUCCUUGCCAAGCGGAUUUCAGCCCUACUAGUUCCCAACAGCCGAUGGACGGUGUGAUCGAGACGCCGCUCAAUCAGUCGAAUCAACCAGUUUUCAAGCGUCCAGGAGGUUUACUGCCAUCAGAACACAAUUCGCUCGCAAAACGUCCUAAAAUGUUAGAAGAAGGUCGUCCAUUGCGAGAAAUCCACAGUGUCAUAAUGACAACUUCAGGCUUCCUUUCUCCUGCUCGGGAGGGUAAACUGCCAGAGCCUCGAACACCGCACCCAGCGCGAGCUGAAUCGCCUCCACCUGUGAGUUCAUAUCCCAUGGUUCCGCCAGAGUUGAAGCCAGAGAAGAAACCUAAAAAAGCCAUUAAAAAAGGUCCUGAACACCGUAACAAGCUGGAUAAAGAGAAUAAAAAGAAAAUCCGUGUCAAAGAGUUGUUCAAGCCCGACAACAUAAGCGACAUUAAAACAAAAAAGCUUGCUAAUGCGAAGGAACAUGCAAAACUGCAAUCAUCGAAACCUAGCGGCAGCAAAGGGCAUGCGAGCAGUCCGAGAAACUCUAACAGACCGAGCAGUCCUCAGCUCAAUGCUCAUAAAGAAAACUCUCCAAAAGUACCCAAGGCACCACAGACUAAAAUAAAAACUGAGAGGGUACCAGAAACGACGUCGGUUUCUCUUCCCCUCGAAGAAAAAGAGGAUGUUGUUUACAAAUUGCCUUCCGAACCAGACAAACAAAAACUUAACAUUUUCAAGAAAAUAUCAAAACCGCGUGAAGAAAAAAGUUCUGAUGGCCCUGAACCAUCGAAUAAAUAUAAAGACCUCGAUUCCCGUGAAAGCUCUCCAGGGCUCAUUAUCGACGAAAUCUCUGACAAAGGUGUACAAAGUAUCGAUAUCGAUUCUAAAAGAGACGAGAAAAAAAUCCCAAAAACACCCGAUGUACAUAUCGACGAAGGCGCAGAAACAAACGAUCCGCAAAGCCCACCGUCCGAUGUUUACAUCUUCGGUGACAUGUCUCCACCCGGUACACCGAGCACUCCAAAAACUCCAGAGCUCGAAGUACCUGUUAUGGUUGACAUUAAGAAAAAGAAAAAAGAACGAAAUGUUCGGAAAAAAGAACCCCGUUCCAAGAGUCCUAAACGAAGUAUCAGCCCGAAAAAGGCCAAGACUGCCGUUGACAUCCAAGAAUCUCUACUGUGCGAUAGGCCAAAAACUCCUCAAGCAGUUGAAGCAGAGGCUCACAGGGAGUUGAACAAUCCGCCAACGUUGCCUUUUCCCUUUUUCCCACCAUUUCCAUCAGCACCAGGUCUCAUACCACACCCAAUGGCUCAUUCAAUUUUCCCACGCUAUCCUCUACCUUUGGGCCGAAAUGUUCCAGGAAUUCAUCCUUCGAUGCCGAAUUUGCCAAUAGCUCCACGAUUCCUGACGACGAAUAUUCUGCCGGACGAAUUUUUGCCGCCCAAAACGAAAGGUUCGGAACGCGAGAAAAAACCCGUGACGUUACCUCCCGAAGUAAUUUCUACUCCGAUCGAAUCUACUAAAAACAUGAAAUCUGUGACUGAGAAAAUCCCGAAAUCUAAUAAAAUCGAUAAAGAAAUGUCUCUUCAAGCAACUGCUACUUCAAACAUCAUGCACAACGAUGUUAUUUCGCCUACCAUGCCAGUCACGACCAUCGCUCCGGUGCCAACGUUACCACGACUCAUGACGAAGCCUGAAAAGCCUGACAAAUCAGUCAAAACCAUUAAGAAAACGAAGGACCAUAAAAAGGAAAGAAAAGAUAAGCUUAAGAAGAAAAAAGAGAAGAAAGAAAAACACAAGAUUAAGGAUAAGAGCAAAGGAAAGAAGGGCAAGCUUACCAAACUCAAAGAUAAGAAGGAUAAAAAGGACAAACGAAAGGACAAGGAAGUGAGGAAGGACAACAAAACUACAGAGGCUGUACCUAAAAUUACGUUGAAGCUUGGCCCAGCAUCGCCACGACCUCCUACGCCCGAUAAUACUACGAUGAAAAAAAUCACUAUAAAGCCGCUUAUCAAAAAGCCGGUAGAAGAGAAGAAAAGGGAACCGAGUCCAGAACUGGCGAAAAUUUCGGCUCUGGUGACGAGACCUCCGAAACAAAAAUUAAUGAAAUUCAAAACGGACGUAUACGCGACGAAAGACGAUAUUAUACCGAUCAUGGGGAAUCAUGAUGCAGUUCAGCCUAUUACUGUGGAUCCAAACCGCCAAGUUUGGAUAUGCCCUGCUUGUGGCAACCAAGACGACGGAUCGCCUAUGAUUGGUUGCGACGACUGUGAUGCUUGGUAUCAUUGGGUUUGUGUCGGAGUUCAAGUACCACCAGCUGAUCACGAAGACUGGUAUUGCCGGAAUUGCAUAGCGAAAAAAGAAGAGCUCCAUCACGACAAAAAGAAGAAAAAACGUAAAAGGAAGAUAAAAGCGACAGCUUAAACGAAGGCCGUUCAUGGACAAAAUAGCACUGUUAAUAGUUUAUUUUUUUCUUGAUACACGAAAUUGAAAAUAUGUAAGGAUAGAAUAACACAAAUUUUAAUUAGGAAAGAAAUUCGAUCUUAGUUGCAAGGUAGCUGAUAGCUGCUUAUGCGAAUGAUUCAACUAAGGAAUAAUUAUUGGUUGUUCUCGAUCACUUUGCUUUAUAAUUUAAUCAUCGUUUCGUUUUUAGAAGUGAUAUAUAAUAUAUUGAUACCGUAAAUGUUACGGUGAUGCAUAUGUUUAAUAAAAUAUAUAUUAUUGACCUCA